GGGCGAGCUUUCUCCGUGGAAAUCGUGCCUCUUUAUUAUCAUCAAUUCCACAAUGCAAGAAGUGGCAAAAAGGGGAACUCGACGCGAGUUCACCGUAAAUGACUUCCGAUUGCCGCAGCCCACGCAGGGAAAGUACCCAGGUCUCGUGACGCGUUCUGCAGAGUGGCCCCUUAUAAGCCCCGGACGCUAUCGCGAAGAGCAACAGCAGCGGCAUCAGCAGCAGGAGGAGGAACUUUGACGUCGAGCACAGCACUCGUGGGUUUUUGCUUCAACGAAGGCGGCUGAAUACGGUGUUGGUUGCCAUUGAGGUGUUCCGACUGCUGCAACGGCGAUCGGUCCCGAGCGGAAAUGGACGCCUUCAAGCUCCUGCUGGCCGUCUGCAUCGUUGGUGCCAUCUAUGACCCUUCAGUGCUGGGCAGACAGGAUGGAAGAUGCCAAUGCAUCAAUACAAGCAGAGCCAGGAUCCCCAUCAAGAGGAUGGCAAAGAUUGAGGUGUUCAAGAAGUCCCACAGCUGUAAUUAUCACGAAGUCAUCGUGACGAAGAGAUCCGGGGUUACCGUCUGCCUUGACCCCACUGCCACGUGGGUGGUGGGACUCGUCAGCUGCACAUUGCCACGCAACAACAGAAAACCCGGGUGGCACCAGCUGAAGAAGUGCACGUGGGACCUGAAGAAGAAGCGGCAGCAACAGAGAGCGGAGAGGCUGCAGCGUGGAAACUAACGGACAUAGGGCCCCCCCCCCACCCACCGACCACCACCACCCCCCCACCCUGUCGAUGGGGAGCGACGAGCGGCCGAUACCGCCGUCCCUGUCCGAUGGCUGCAGAUGCCGGGCGCCCGUGGGUGAACGAGCACCGCCGGCCGGAGCUGCAGCGGGGCACGUGCUCGCGGCCACGCGGCCGGUCCCGUGUUGGUAGCCGACGUGGCCCCGAUCCGGCCCGGCCGAGCCUCGUGCACGCGCCGCAGCUCGUCCGCAUUUGCAGUCUUUUUUUAAGGUCAAAUAGCUACAGCUGUGACGGUUGUGACGCAGCAGAGGAUCUAUUCUAGAAAACCCGAAAAGGUGUUGCUAACACAACUCCAUGCUAACACCACUCCACUGAUAAUUAUAUUUUAUUGUAGUAGUCGUUAAGCGUUUUUUUUUCACCUUGAAAACUUACCCGAAUCUCGAGACACCUUUUUCAGGAGGGUUCUGCCAAAGCUCCCGUAGUACAGGGGGAAGAUGUCUCGGUAAAUGCGCCAGUGUGGAGACGGCCGCGUUCAGGCAAACGCACAGCGGUGGAGACACCGCUCGCAGCAUCAGUCUCGGUCACCGUAUGAUCGGGCAGCCUCCGUGCAUUGUCGUGGGCAGCCUCCGUGCAUUGUCGUAGGCAACUGUGGUGUCUGUCAUUGGGCGCCCCGUGGUAUCCUGUGGGUCCCAUAGGAUUCCCGAGGACCAAUGGGAUUACUGUGGGUCUCAUCGGAUUCCUGUGGAUCCCAUGGGAUUCCCGUGGAUCCCAUUGGAUUCCCGUGGGUGCAAUGGCAUUCCAUGGGACCCAUUCGAUUCCUGUAGGUCUCAUAGUUUAUUAUGGGUUCUAUAGAUUAUUGUGCCUGAUUGUGGCACCUUUAGAAUGCCUGCACAUGGCAGUUGAUAUGCAUGUGCUUCCCCUGGGCUCUGUAAAGCUAAAGGACACGUCUGUGAAUUUGACAUCACAUCUCAUUGGUUGCACUAGCCUCAUGUAUGCAUAAUCUCUCCACAGCGCCCAUUAACUGUGUUUGCGAGUGACCACUCCUGGGGAUAUUUCCCGCUCGUUGCCUGUCCAUGAACAUUUUGUGUGAACUGUAUUUGUAUCAUGACAACUGGAUUGUUAUAUUUAAUAAUAACCGACUGCUGAAUCUGCCCCUGGGUAGUUGUAAAUAGACUAUUUGGCGAACAGAAAAUUGUAUUCAUGACGCUGAUGUGCGGGAAGGAAUUCGUUUUGUCCAAUGUGUGUGUGUGUGCUAUCUGUUGGCGUUAUCCGCGUUAUCUCUCUGUUACCUGUCUGGCUGAUCUCUCUAUUUUCGUAUGCGCGUUUGCCAGUGUGUCUUUAUCACUCUGCCUGUUAAACUCAUUGUUUAUACCGAAACCAUUUUAAUAAAAAAAAUAUGAAGUCUCGCCAAAA